CACAUGUUCUUAGAACAUCUUAGAAGUAAUGUUACAAAAGAGAAUGAACCAUUUGAUUUUCUGGUAACUUUUUGUAUAAUUUAUUUCAUUGGUUUUUUUUUUUUCUUUUUUGUAAAAUAAAAUUUAUUGUGUAUAUUUGAGAUUUACAACAUAAUGUUAUGACAUCCAUAUAGAUAGGUGGGUACAUAUAGAUAAUGCAAUGGUUACUAUAGUCAAGCAGACUAACAUAUCUAUUUUGGUUUCUUUUUUAUCCCCGCAAAUUAAUCAUCUAUUCGGAAACAAAGAUAUGAAAAACCACACAACAGUGACUGAAUUUAUUCUCCUGGGAUUCCGGGAUCAUCCAGAACUACAGUGCCUUCUUUUUGUGGCUUUUCUAAUUGUCUAUAUGAUCACUGUUGUUGGAAAUCUUGGCAUGAUCCUAUUAAUCAGAAUCGACUCCCAUCUCCACACUCCAAUGUACUUUUUCCUCAGUAACUUGUCUCUUGUUGACUUCUGUUAUUCUUCUGUUAUUGCCCCUAAUAUGCUAGUAAAUUUCUGGGUGGAGAACCCAGUCAUUUCAUUUAAUGAAUGUGCCACUCAGUUCUUCUUUUUUGCUUCCUUUGCUGGCACUGAGGGCUUUCUCUUGGCUGUGAUGGCCUAUGAUCGUUAUGUGGCCAUCUGCAAGCCUCUCCUUUACACAGUCAUGAUGUCCCCCCAUCUCAAUGUCCUCCUGGUGCUGGCCGUAUAUUUGGCAGGCUUUAUAAAUGCUGCCAUUCACACUGGCCUCACCUUCUGCCUAUCUUUCUGCUACUCAAACAUUAUCAAUCACUUUUUUUGUGACAUUCCACCCCUCCUGAAACUCUCCUGUUCUGACACGCAUGUCAAUGAGAUUGUCAUUUUUAUUUUUGCCAGUUUUAAUGAACUGAGCUGUCUCAUGAUGAUUCUCAUUUCCUACCUCUACAUACUUGCUGCCAUCUUGAAAAUGCAUUCUUCAGAAGGGAGGCGCAAAGCCUUUUCCACCUGUGCUUCCCACUUGAUGGUGGUCACCAUCUUCUUUGGGACAAUCCUGUUCAUGUAUCUGCGCCCUAGCCCCAGCUACUCAAUGGACCAAGACAAAGUGGUGUCUGUGUUUUACACAGUGGUGAUCCCAAUGUUAAAUCCUCUCAUCUAUAGUCUAAGAAACAAGGAGGUCAAAUCUUCCCUGGGUAAAAUUUUUAAAACACUCUCCUUUUACUUCUCUACUUAG